AAAAAAUUGAGUCACGCCUCGCCUUGCAAAUGCAAAUCCAAAUCCGAGUGCUAAUUUUGGGUAGUUUUGUCUUUCCUCCCUAUCCAAUCCAAUCAUUGUUCCAACCACCUUCUUCUUCUUCUUCAUGCUAGCUUCUUUUCACUUCACUUGGUCAAUUUCUCUCUCUCUUCAUGAUUUCCCUCCUAUGGAACAGGUUGCUGGAAACACUUGCUAAUUAUUAGGGUUUUGGUUUCUGUUAAUUCUAAGAGAGCUUUCUUAGGGUUUCAAGGACAGCUGCAGUGGUUUUUUUUUUCUUCUCUACAUGGCGGCUGCCAAUCCACAACCUCUGCAAGCCCGACCAUUUGAGGACCACAUGCGGGGUCCUAUACCUGUAGACGAAGACGAUGACGAAGAUGAGUAUGAAGAUGGUCGUAGUAAUGAUAUCGAUGAUGCCAUGGACGACUUGGAAGAGACCCAUAUGAAUUCGGUCAACGUUGUGGCCAGCCAUGGAGGUGUGGUUAUGGCUUCCAGGACUAGUGAGCUCACUCUUUCUUUCGAAGGGGAGGUGUAUGUUUUUCCUGCUGUUACGCCUGAAAAAGUGCAAGCCGUGCUCUUGCUACUUGGGGGACGUGAUGUACCAACUGGUAUACCUACAGUGGAAGUGCCUUACAAUCAAAAUAACUGGGGUGUAGCUGUUGUCGACGCUCCAAAGCGCUCGAAUCUUUCGCGAAGAAUAGCCUCCCUUGUUCGGUUCCGUGAGAAGAGGAAGGAGAGAUGUUUUGAGAAGAAAAUUAGGUACACUGUACGUAAAGAGGUUGCACAGAGGAUGCACCGGAAGAAUGGGCAAUUUGCAUCUUUAAAAGAAAAUUCUGGAACUUCUGGCUGGGACUCGUCACAAACUGGCCCUCAAGAUGGCACUAUUCGUCCAGAAACUGUUUUGCGGAGAUGUCAACACUGUGGUGUUAGUGAGCAUAAUACACCUGCAAUGCGUCGUGGACCAGCUGGUCCUAGAACGUUAUGUAAUGCGUGUGGUCUAAUGUGGGCAAAUAAGGGAACACUGAGAGAUCUCAGUAAGGGGGGGAGAAACCUUUGUACUGAUCUUGUAGAAUCUGAAACACUACUUGAUGUCAAGCCUUUGGUUGUGGAAGGAGAAUUUUCAGGCAACCAGGAUGAGCAUGGAACUUCUGCUGAAGAUCCUUCUAAGAUAGUUACUGAAGGUUACAAUGACCGUUCUGUCAACCCUGCCGAGGAAGAUUUACAUGGAGCCACUGAAGAUUUUGCAAAUACCUUGCCCAUUGGAAUCAUGCAUUCUUCGGUCAACGAUGAUGAUCAGUAAUAGAUAGAUAGGCUGAUCAAUAUACUCGAAAAAGUGGAGUCAUCACAGCAAGACCCGCAUUCAGUAUUGCGUAGAGCAAUUUGAAUGAUAAAACAGCUCCUUAAUGUUGAGGUUUUGGGAUCUGCAGGAGCCUCUGGACGAGCUUCCUAAUCCUUCAGAUACGGACAUAGACAUCCCGACUAACUUUGAUUAGAAGGUGAUGAUUGUUCUUUUGAGAAUGAUGUCAGGAGAUCUGGAUAGUAGUUGAGCGAUCACAUUUAGCACAUCGCUCGUGUUAUUAUUGUGCAGCGUACAUGUCAUAGUAAAAAUAGUCAUUACAGGGAAAAUUGAAGGAUUAAGUUGGCUUAACUACAGAUAUAUCUGGUUCAUGUUCAAAUUCAGCGAUCUUUACCAUUCAACGAUACGGCUACUUCUAGCUGACAUUAGAAUAUGGAUGGAUGGAUGGAAAGCAUCCUUGUGUCCAUUUUGUAUGUGUGUAAGUUUGGUAGAAGAUAUACAUGAGUGCUUAUCUUACCAUUUUUAAAAUGUAAUUUUUUUAGGGAUAUUUUGUGUUCUUUUUCAUUUCAUUGUAUAAUUCGUAUUGUAUACAUAUAUAUAAAUAUAUUGCAGUAGCUGAUUCAAA